GUCCGAAAGCUCGACUAGGCAAUAGCUCCUUUCCUUGAUAUUUCUCACCGGAGUGUGAUUAGUCGGAUUAUCUUGAAUAUCAUAACUUUCCUAUAUAAGUACUUAAGGGAGCGCCAGAAAUUGCUUAUCCUAUUGGCCUCAAAUACAAUUACAUAAGCUCCUUUGGGUCGACGCUAAAAACGAAGUCUCAGAGCGUCUCUGCGGCCGCCGUGGUGCUAGCUAGCUAGACAGGCAAAUGCAGUGCGAUUGACCGACGGACACUACAGUAUAUGUUGGUGGUUCAUAGCGUAGCACGGCAAAAGCCUUAUGUCAUGGCAAUUGCCUUCUAGCCAACAUGCUUCAAUUUAUCUCACGGCUUCUCGGGGGCCUCGCGAGAUCCCGGCUCGUGAAAUGGGUCAUACGCCUAGUGGCAUUCUUGAUGCUGUUGGAAUGGGGCCUCAAUUUUCUAAAUCGCUAUGGCGUGAUAGAUCUGGAGAGCUGGUUCGAGACACAAGACGGGCUUGCGUACGAUGCGAAUCGGGCUGGUACCAACCCUUACCGAGAUCUGCCAGAUAACCAAGCGGUCCUUGAUGCAAUCAAAGAAGUCGCCUAUAUCUCCGACGUUUUGAGGGAUACGUUUCUUCCUACAUCUCUGCCUGAUGAUGACUAUGCUUUGUGCUCGAAAUACCUACGAAGUCUCGAGACGCGGGCUGACGUCUCGUGGCUUGUACUGGAAGAGACGGGUAUUGAUCGGACAGUCUCAGCCAUAUCCAACCGUAAUACGACACGGAGAAAUCCCAUUCCCGACGAGCCGUUUUCACUACAUGAGCGCUUCAAGAAGUUGCAUCAGCACUGGUGGGCUCUUCAGAAUGAUCCUGGAAAGCCAGAGCGGUGGGAGAAGUGGUUUGACGAAACUUAUCUUCCCCCAUUGCUCAAAUCGAAGUCGUUAGAAAGCACACAAGACAGCGAGCCGUUUCAAAUUCAGUUCACCCCCGACCAGCAAGCCGAUGCGGACGCCAAAUUUACCAAAUAUCUCGAAGAAAGGGAACGGAAAGUGUCGUACCUUAAGAUCCAUCCACCGAAACCGCUAGGCUUUGUCCCGGUGCCGCGAGAUUCUGAAUUGUUGCGAGGUGCCUGGGGUAACCUUUUCUCAGACGGUGUUGUAGAAGCCGGGCGGCCGAUAUCACCUGGCAUACUAACCGAAAACCCGACUUUUAAACCGAUCUAUGGAUCUUUAUGGUUGGAAUCGGUUCCAUUUGACUGGGUCAGUCCUGCAGAUAAGGACAAACCAGCAAAGAGUGACGAAGAUAGGGAGAGGCAAACAACUGAGCUUCUAGCUGAGAUGGACAAGAUGAGGGAGAGAAGAGCUCGCCAAGAGCAAUUUCAAAAAUCGUUGAUUGAGGAGAACGAGCGAAAAGAGAGAGAAAGGAUAACUGCUGACGGGGGUUCUCUCAAAGGUGAGCUCUGAGAAUCGAAGGUGUAAAUCAUCUUCAGGCCUUCAUGUUCCCAAGCAGAUAAAAUUAUAAGAUUUAAUCAAGUCUUUCUGGUUCCAAGUUGGGAGGGUUCGGCUUUUUAAUAUUCACGGAGUUCUUGAGAUGAUCGUGCAGAUGGUACGAGGACUGGGGAAGCCACCGAGAAGAGAAGAAUAGUUCAUUGUUAAGUAUUGGACGGCUCAUUUCUCGUCACAUGACAGCGUACACGAGUAUCUUCACCUAGGCUCCGUUGUUUUAACUCUAUUCUGCCUAUUUUAUUCAAGGA